ACUGAGAACGUUAGUGUGCGUUAGAAGAUAACUUCAUGACGUUUAUUUAACUGUAUAUAUAUUUGAACGGAUAUAAUAUCCAAAACGACGGGAAAAGAGGAUUUUUUUUGCACUCUUGUUGAGAAUACCAUACAUGGGUGUGACACCCGCACAUCACAACAAAAACAACGGAUCUACUUCCGGUUUCUGGAUGUAGCUGUCAGACUCCAGCAUCUUUUUUUGAAAAAAACGGGGAAGCGCUUUAUCAGCAGCUUUAGAAUGAGCGAAGGAGAAGUGUUUCAUGAGAAACAAAGAUUGGAGCUGUGUGCGAUCCAUGCUCUCAACAACGUGCUCCAGGAGCGGGUGUUCACCAAGGAGACAGCCGAUGACAUCUGCAAACGGCUGGCUCCACAGUGUGUGGUGAACCCUCAUCGCUCAGUGUUAGGAACAGGAAACUAUGACGUCAACGUCAUCAUGGCGGCCCUACAGAGCCGGGAACUGGCUGCAGUGUGGUGGGACAAACGCAGGACGGUUCAGAGCCUUUGCAUGUCAAAGGUCCAUGGUUUUAUUCUUAAUGUCCCAUCCCGGGUGUCUCUGGGGAUCGUGUCCCUCCCACUCCGACGGCGGCACUGGCUCGCGGUUCGGCAAGUCAACGGACAGUACUACAACCUGGACUCCAAACUGAAGAGCCCUCUCUGUAUUGGGGGAGAGGCAGAACUACGCACAUUUCUCAGCGAACAGCUUUCUCAGGACGUGGCAGAGAUGCUGCUGGUCGUCCAGCGGGAAGUGGAGGAGGACGGCUCAUGGCUGAACUCGGACAACCCUAAGAAGUGAUGCCUUGGACAUACCCUUACAUAGCAUGGAAAAAGAUAUCCUCUGGGAUGAUGACAGACUUUUUUUUACAGAAAAAUCUUCAGGGAAUGCACUAAAUACAUUUAAUAUCUACACAAUUCCAAAGAGAAGCAGUGACGGGCGUUACUCCUGGUAUGAAGAACUGUUGUGAUUGUAGCCGCUGUAAACGCUUUUGCUCUUAUAUGACCCCUGUACCUGCGUUGUCCUUCUCUCGGUACCUUUAUUUUUAACACUAGGAAGGUGCAUCUAAGCUUACAAAGUUUGAGGCAAAUGUUGGUUUGUUUGAUGACAUUUGAGAUGUGAUAAUGACUGAAAUGUCUCUGUUAGGAAAGAUUGCAGUGUGUGUGUGAUGGAAAAACAUCUGCAAUAGAGACUAGUUGAAAAAGGGUUAAAUGUUUUAGUCUAUUACAAUUUAAUCGCCAAAAUUAGAUCAGUUUGUACUGUGCGUAAAAGACGGUCAUGUCAAAUGUAUAAGUUAUCAAGCCGCACCGUUUCUUCCCACAACUGUUGUUGUAAACCUUCUAUGCACUGACUUUGAUUUGUUAGCCCUGUCUUUGUUCUCACAGGUACUCCAAUGGUUCCACCUAAUGAGGCAUAUAAGGGCCUCCAGUGUCUUUGCAUGUUUUGGUACAUUCACUGCAACCUUGUAGACACUUUUUAUAGCGUGCCAAAGUUUUGGGAUUUUGACACGUGUUUCCUUUUUUAAAGAUUUUUUAAUUUGGUUAAGAGCUGUUAUCCAUCACAAUUACUUUGUGACCCUCCAUUUGCUUUUGUCAAAGUGAUGUUCAUUUUGUGUGAAGUGUGCAGCUGAUCCACACUUUCAUUAGGAUGGACUGCCAAUGAGUGCAGAUUGAAAGUAUCUUCAGGUUGAGUUUUACACAGCUGUAUCAUGAAUGAAAGAUGUUAGAAAGGUAGUCUUAUUUUAAAUCUGAAAGGAACUGUUGCAGGAAUAUAAAGUACACUAUUCUUGAUUAGUCUUUGAAUAACAUGCAAAAACACUGUUUCUGUGACUGUAAACUCUACGUUUGUGUUGUAUCUCUCUUAUUGAUCUAUGCAUAUCCAAAAUAGUAGGAGCGCUGUCUCUGGUACACAUGUGUGACUGACUCACACAUAAACCCAAGCUCAGAGGUUCAUUAUAGUGAAACGUAUUUAUAUUAAACUUUGACCUCUUGUUUUCAGUAUGAA